AUGCCACCAGCAUCAACCAUUCAACCACCGUCAAGUAAGCCGCCUAAGUCAACCAAGUUGGUCCAGAGUUCGAUUCUCAAAAAGGCAGGUGCAGAAUUUGUAGGGACAUUCAUUUUGGUAUUUGCAGCAGCAGCAGGGCCAAUUGUGAACCAAAAAUAUAAUGGCAUCGAGACAUUAAUAGGAAAUGCUGCAUCUUCUGGGCUAGUAGUUAUGAUAAUAAUCCUAUCAAUUGGUCACAUUUCCAAAGCCCAUCUAAACCCAGCUGUAACGCUAGCGUUUGCCGCCCUCGGGCAUUUUCCUUGGGGCCAAGUACCCAUUUACAUAUUAGCUGAAGUUCUCGGGUCCAUCCUGGCUUCCUGCUUGCUCAAGGUUGCUUACAAUCCUUUCAUGUCAGGCGGCGUUACGCUGCCUACUGUUGGCAUUGGACAGGCUUUUCUGUUGGAGUUUCUGGCUACUUUCGUCCUCAUGUUUGUCAGUGUCGCAGUCGCCACUGACCCUACUGCUGUCGGAGAUUUGGCGGGCAUUGCAAUCGGAGGUACCGUAAUGCUCAACACACUCAUCGUUGGACCAGCAACUGGUGCAUCAAUGAAUCCAGUAAGAACAUUAGGCCCAGCAAUAGCAACAGGAAGGUACAAUGGAAUAUGGAUAUACAUGGUGGCUCCACCCAUAGGUGCUGUCGUUGGUGCGGCUGUUUAUGCACUUAUCAAGAUUCCCAAAGAUGAGGGAUCGGAUAACAGCACUUCAAUCUCAUGCAUAUAA